AAAUAUAUAAGGCUAAAAACAAUUGAAAAUGUCAGGUUUCACCUACAGAGAAGUCAGCGGCGACUUGUUCAGCUGCAGAAGUGAUUAUUCCAUGUGCCAUUGUGUGGCUGCCGAUCUGCGAAUGGGCAAGGGAAUAGCUGUAAAGUUUCGCAACAAAUUUGGCCAGUUGCUGACCCUGCAGAAGCAGAAUGUCCAGCCCGGGGGCGUGGCCAUUCUCCAGGACCAGCAGCGUUAUGUCUACAACCUGGUGACCAAGAAGUCCAGCUGGGGAAAGCCCACAUAUGAACUCCUCGAAAGGUCCUUGAUUGCCAUGCGGCAGCACAUGAUCUCCCACCAAGUCACCAAGUUGGCCAUGCCUCGCAUUGGAUGCGGCUUGGAUGGCCUCAAGUGGCCCAAAGUUAAGGAAAUAAUAUGCCAGGUGUUCCAAUCUGAUCCUGUAGAACUGGUCGUUUAUAAUUAUGUAGCUCAGAAGUAA